UGGCCGAAAUUUAGUCUGUUUGGGAUCUCGUUGCACUAUUUGUAGCAUAAUUUAAGGGAAGGGUUGAACGUUUUUGACGCGUUAAUCAUGGCAGAAGUCGAAGAAGCUCCCAAAGUUCCUGCCGAAACACAUGGACCUAUUCUAUCUGCUGAAGAUCGUCUGCAACUUGCAGAUUUUGACAGCCGUCAGUUUGGAUUUGUCAAGCUUGAUGCUACUGAUGGAACUGCAAAGAAAGGCUUGUUGGAGAAGGGUGUGAGCCACUACCACAACCUGCUGCGUGUCCAUGCUAAACAGUCGAGCCUGGCCAGUAGUGGUAGUGAGGGUCAAGAGAAAGUCAAGCCGAUUGAAUCUGGGGUUUUCUGCCAUCUUGGUCACCUGCACCUCCUGCUGGAGCAGUAUCCGAAAGCCCUGUCAGCAUACCAGAAGUUUUACAACAUGCAACCAGAUUCAUGGAAGAAUGCCCCCUUCCUGUAUGGGUUAGGCCUUGUCUACUUCCACUUCAAUGCCUUCAAUUGGGCCGUGAAGGCAUUUCAGCAGGUGCUGUAUAUUGAUCCUGGGUUUAAGAGAGCCAACGAAGUCCAUAUCCGUCUUGGGUUGAUGUUCAAAGUCAUUAACAACUAUGAGGCAGGUUUGAAACAUUUCCGACUGGCACUAACAGAUUCCAACGAAUGCUCUCUGGAGAAAGUUGAAAUUCGCCUACACAUUGCACACUUGCUGGAGGUACAGGGGAAGGUGAAUCAAGCGAAGGAAUCCUAUGAACAGUUACAGCUCGAGGACAUCAAGAGCACUGUGAAAGCCACAGCUUUAAGACAGCUAGGUUGGCUGUACCACACCCAGGAACAGUUUGGGGACAAGCAGACCCGCGAGACUCGUGCCAUCCACUACCUACAGAAAUCCAAUGAGUUAGACCCCAGUAAUGGACAGACUUGGUACCUUCUUGGAAGGUGUUAUUCUAGUAUAGGCAAAGUCCAUGAUGCUUUUGUGUCCUACCGCCAAUCCAUCGAUAAGUCUGAAGCUAAUGCUGACACUUGGUGCUCAAUAGGAGUGCUGUAUCAGCAGCAGAACCAGCCUAUGGAUGCUCUCCAGGCCUACAUAUGUGCAGUGCAGUUGGACAAGUCUCACUCUGCAGCCUGGACAGACCUGGGAAUUCUCUAUGAGGCCUGCAACCAGCCCAAUGAUAGCCUCACUUGUUAUCUAAAUGCUUCCAGAAACAAAACUCGAGUUGGUUCUAAUCUAGCGUCAAAGGUGAAGUUUCUGCAACAGAAUCUUAGCAACGUACCAAUGCAACAUUUCCAAAACAAGCCUCGUACACUGCCAAGCAUAGAAGAAGCGUGGAGACUGCCCAUCCCUGCAGAACUCACAUCUCGUCAGAGUCAGGCACCACAGCCAGUGCAGCCGGCUGACCGCCCCCAUGGCAUGUUGCCCCCAGCCCAGAUACAGAAUGGCAGUCUGCCCCCACACCCUAGCCUUGCAGGGUUUACUGAAGAAGAACAGAAGAAGAAGGCACAGUCAAGGAAAAGGCCUUCAUCAGAAGAAAUGCCUACUCCUCAAGCUACACACCCACAACAGGCCCCCCACCACCCCCCACAGGGAGCCCCACCACAGUUUCUUAAUCAGCAGCAAAUGCAUCUUCUUCAAUACCUGGGACAGAAUCAGGGUAACCUGACUCCGCAGCAGCAGCAGAUGUUCCACCAGCUCCAGCAUCAGUAUUACCUGCAGCAACAGCAACAACACCUCAAGAUGCAGGCCUCCAUGCAGACACAGGGAAAUCAGAUGCCUCCAAUGGGAAUGCAGCCUCCACAGGGUCAUAUGCCGAACCAGCAUAAUCCUCUGCAGUCCCAGCUCUCACCAACAGGGGGCGUUAUGCCGCCAGGUGGACCAAAUCCCCAAGGUAUUUCUGGACAGCACGGACCAGGAAUGAAAAGUCAUAUGCCAGGUCAAGGUCAUCUCCCAGGUCAAGGUCACCCUCCAGGUAUGAGGCCAGGGUUGCCUCCCCCUGGUGGGAAUCUACCUCUUCCUCACCCGCACAGCAACAUUCCAUUGAGCACAAUCACACCAUCGUCUCAGGGUUACGGUGCCGGACCCCUGCCUCCGACCUCGUCACAGAUGGCGUCAGGCCAGCCACCUCAUCACCGACUGCCAUCUGGCUUCCCGGGUCAGGGCGGGAACAUACCCCCUCAUAACUUAACCCCAAUGAUCUCAGAUCCAGGGUCUAAGGACCUUCAGACAGCCGCAGCCAGCUUGAGUGAACAUGAUCUUACUGCUCUCCUCUCUCGCCAGGACAUUGCUACCUCCCUGGCUGAGGACCUUCUUGCUCAGAUAUCUCAAGGCCACGACCAGGCCAACAAGGGACCUAGUAGAUUCAGUAGUUCUAGUCAGCAACCCAUUCCCUCAAUGUCGCUGCAACCCAAGCAGCCAAUUAUAGGGUCCUCGCCCCAGGUCAUCGCGGGCCCUCAUCAGAAUCGGGACAACGGUGGAAUGCGCAGCACGCCUGCCGAACGUGCGAUGUCAUCAGAAAGUGGUGUGUCACCUACCAACAGUGCUUUAUCUCAACAUUCCUCGACCUCCUCUCAGGGAUCUGCUCAAACAGGAAGCAAUAACCAGAAAGACUUGCUUCAAGGCACAUCAGCUGAUAAGGACAGAGUCAGUGCUUCGUUGGAGUACAGUUCACUUUUGAAAAUUGAAAAAACUGAGCCAUGUGUGCAAAAGAAGGAUGAGAAACCUAUGCCCACAUUGUCAAUAAAUAUGUGCGGGCGUGAAAUUGUUGACGCGAGCAAAGGACUAGGAAAGAAAGGGUACUACUCGGAUCUGUGUCCACCACCACAUCCACCAAGUCCUCCCUAUCCAUCACUUCCAAAGGAGAGUCUAAACCCACCUACACCUAGCGUUUAUCUCGAGAGCAAGCGUGAUGCCUUUUCGCCAGAGCUUCAGCAGUACUGUCAUUCUCAACCAGUUGUAGUUAUACGAGGGUUAGCUGGAGCCUUGAAAUUAGAUUUAGGUUUAUUUUCGACAAAAACACUGGUUGAAGCCAAUGCUGAUCAUCGUGUUGAAGUCCGCACACAGAAGCAGCAGGCGCCGGAUGAGAACCGAGACAGUUGGGGCAACAAGGUGUGGCACUGUGACAGCAGCAGAAGUCACACGACCGUAGCCAAGUACGCCCAGUACCAGGCCUCCUCAUUCCAGGAAUCUCUCAAGGAAGAGGCUGAGAAGGCAAAGGGGCAACACAAGGAGAAGGAUUCGGACAGUGACUCCAACUCUUCCUCAUCUUCGAAGGGGAAGAAAGUGAAGAUCAUUAAGUUCGGGACAAACGUCGACUUGUCAGAUGAGAAGAAAUGGAAGCUGCAGCUACAUGAGCUAACCAAACUGCCGUCUUUCACACGGGUGGUGUCCGCGGGAAACAUGCUCAGUCACGUGGGACAUACCAUUCUCGGCAUGAACACAGUACAGCUGUAUAUGAAGGUGCCAGGGUCAAGGACUCCAGGCCACCAGGAGAACAACAACUUCUGUUCAGUGAACAUCAACAUCGGACCCGGAGACUGUGAGUGGUUCGCUGUUCCCGAUCAGUACUGGGGAGUCAUAUACAACCUGUGUGAAAAAAAUAGUGUCAACUAUCUGACGGGGUCCUGGUGGCCUGUCCUGGAGGACCUGUACGAGGAAGACGUACCGGUGUACAGAUUCAUACAGAAACCGGGGGACCUCGUUUGGAUCGGCCCAGGCACGGUUCACUGGGUCCAGGCAAUUGGUUGGUGUAACAACAUUGCCUGGAAUGUGGGUCCGCUGACAGCUCGCCAGUUCCAGCUGGGUAUCGAGAGGUACGAGUGGAACAAACUACAGAGCUAUAAGUCCAUAGUCCCCAUGGUGCAUCUGUCAUGGAACCUCGCCAUGAAUGUUGGCAUGACGGAUGUCAAGCUGUACGAACAAAUCAGAUGGAGUUUGUUGAGGUCACUUCGCCAAAUACAGAUGACGUACGACACGCUGGAAGCGUUGGGGAAGGAGGUGAAGUGGCAUGGACGAUCUAAGGAUGAAACUGCCCACUAUUGCAAUGAGUGUGAGGUUGAAGUGUUCAAUAUCUUGUUUGUGACUGAACAAGACAGGAAGUUUAUUGUCCACUGUCAAGACUGUGUGUACAAAACCAGUCCUGCACUCGAGGGAAUCGUCGUCCUCAAGCAAUUUCUUAUUGAAGAUCUCACCGAAAUCUAUGAUAAAUUCCAAUUACACACUGCCCCUCCAACACCAUCAUUAUCUCUGGUGUCCAGCUGAACACGCCAAACUCAAGGCAGCAGCAGCAGCAGCCACGUCUGACAACAACGUCGGACAACAACAUCGCCACAGUCAAACCCAGGGGAUCAAAGUGUCAUCUAUGCAAAUCUGCUCCAACCAGCCACUGCCCAGCGUACUGGACUCCCAACACCUUUCAUUGCCAACUCAAGCCCUCACAAGACCUGCUAAAAUUCUUGGCAUCAUGAAUCACAAGGAGACCCAGAACAGUGUUUCUGUAGAGGAUCCCAUGGGAUAAUUUUCAAGGAUAUUGCUGAUAUUUGACAGGCAUUUAUACUGAUGGUUUGAGUGAGGGGAAUUUGUGUAAUUCAACGUCAAUCAUCCAUAAUCUGAGGAACUGUUCUGAAGGUAAAGCUUGUCUAAGGACAAGCCAACCUGAAAUGUAUGAAAAAGAACAUAAAAGCAUUUGUACAGAGAAUAACAAAUGUACUACUGCAAUAACACGUACCCUCAAUAUCUUCAUGGAAAUCAUGAGAGGGUAUCUCUACUGAAGGUUCAGAUGUGAAGACCUUUGUUUUCUCUGUAUACAUCUCCAAUAUAAGUAUGUCCUACCUUUAGCUGAAAAUGUUGCCUAGGUCAGCUCGGGACAUUCUAUAAGUUGUUAUAUUCAUCUGGAGGCACAUUGGUAGACUAUUGGAAUAGAAUUGUGUAUACAUGCACCUCUAUCAGUUUUACAUUGAUGCAUAUAUUAUACGAAGCUUUGGAUCUGAGCAUCCGUGAUGUUGGUCCCGUGACACAGGACAAAAUGGAAGCCAAGGGAAAACAUUGCUGGGGAUGGUUUCAGCUGGUUGAAAACAUUAGUCCAAAUAUACAUGGAAGUCACUUCCCAUCAGCCUGCAUCUGUGCAUCAAGGUCAUUCCGCAGCAGCCAUGAGCAAUGGUGACAGGUGAAGAUACUUUAAGAAGUAACUUUGCCUGUACAAAAGCCAGCUCGAACCUUGAUGUUGUUCGGACUCCUUGGGUGGUUUUCAAGACAAUUCAGGGGUAUCACCGAUUGGCUGGAGUUGUACGACUUCUUGUACACUUGAUUUGUGUUUCAACUGAAAGUGUACCUUAGGUGACUUCCUACACCAGCAGUUAUCUCCCUUUACCAAACACUAGGGGGAGUUUAUGUAGUUUCAACAUGGCAGACUUUGCUCACUGUAUCGUUUCAUUACAGUGUGGAGGUUGUAUAUUAGUGGGACUUAUUACAGAUUUAUAAAAUGGUGGAUGUAUGUGUGUUGAAUAUGUGAGAUGACCCCCUAGUGGCCAUGAAGAGAACUAUCUAUUGAGUUCUCUCCCCUUUGACCAGAUUUCUAAUAUGCUGACUUUUUCAGUGGCUAAUAUAUUUCUGCAAAAUAUUUCUUGUUCAUAUAUACAUAAAAAUGUACCAUGGUUCCCUGAAAACAUGGUACUGCACGGUACUGAUUGCUAUUUCAGAAGAAUAUGUAAUUGUGAUAUGAUCUUCAUAAUUUCUGUAAAAAGGAAAGUGUGAAUGGGAAAAAUUCAACAUUUCUGUUUGUCUUUAAGUCUGAUGAUGGAAAUCCCAUGUCAUUAUUUCAUAUCGUGGAGAGAUUUAUUUUCAUUGAAAAUGUUAGAAAAUACAUCUUGACAACAUA